AUGGCGGAAAUUGAAGCCUUUACAGUCUUGUUCCCCGAGCAGCGCAUUAGCCAACUGAAACAACGCCUACAACAAGCAUUGUUUCCAGAUGAGCUUCCUGACAGUGGUUGGGACAUGGGUGCUCCGUUGAGCGAUGUAGAACGCAUAGCAAAGCACUGGGCCAGCAAAUUCGACUUUCAGCAAGCAGCAGCACAACUGAAUGAACUACCACAAUUCAAAACCAAGAUAGACUGCGAAGGCUUUGACCCACUCUCCAUACACUUUGUACACCUUCGUAGCGACAACCCUAAUGCGAUACCCUUAUUCUUCAGCCACGGCUGGCCAGGCAGUUUCUUCGAAGUCUACAAGAUAGCAAGACAGCUCACUCGAAGUGAUAAUGGUGGGCCAUGUUUCCACGUUGUUGCACCUUCUCUGCCCAACUUCGGCUUUUCUGACGGGGUGAAGAAACGAGGCUUUGCAAUCGAGCAGUAUGCUACAGUGUGCAACCAACUCAUGCUCAAGCUCGGAUAUGAAAGAUACGUUACUCAGGGCGGCGACUGGGGUGAGCCACCAGCAUCGCUCAAGUUUACACAACCAGGCUCACGCUUUCCCCUUCCUGACGGAGCAACCCCUCGCGAACUUCAGGGUGCUCAACGAACCGCCUGGUUCCUCGACGAAGGUUAUGGAUACAACCUCCUUCAAUCGACCAAACCUCAGACUCUGGCCUACGCCCUGGCCGAUUCUCCGCUUGCUCUACUAGCUUGGAUCUCCGAGAAGCUGCAUGACUGGACGGACAACUACCCUUGGACAGACGACGAGAUAUGCCUCUGGGUGAGCAUCUAUUAUUUUUCCACUGCAGGUCCUGCCGCUGCUACUCGGAUCUACUACGAGAUGGCCCACGACAGGAACGGGAAAUACGUUCCUAAGGACAGUAUGGGCAAAGGAUUCGAAGGUGGAGUUCCAGGUACACGGAAAAUCACAGGUGCGUACUUAAAGAAAGAUCACGGUACAGGUGUCAAGAUUGGUAUGAGCCAUUUUCCGAUGGACAUUCAGGUAUUGCCGAGUUUGUACACAAACACGCUUGGGAACGUGGUAUAUGAGAAAGAGCACGAACGUGGUGGACAUUUUGCUGCGCAUGAGUGUCCAGACGAGUUGGUGAGCGAUCUGAGGGAGAUGUUUGGUGCAUUGGACCUUCGUUUUGCCUAG